CAAAAUGGAACAACAACAAAAUAAUAAUAUAAAAAUAAACUCGAGAAAACAAAGAAAUGAUGCUAUUCCGGUUGAAUUGCUUAGUGAUGUAUUCAAAUCAUCCAAUGUUUCAUUAAAAGAAUUAAAAACGUCUUCGAGACAUUUGUGGAAAGAAAUUUAUGAACCGCUCUCUCUGCCUUCGAGUAUCAAGAGUAUCGAUGAACUUAAAAAGAAACUUAAGUAUGUAAUUACGUAUUUAUUCUAAUUAAAGGACAUUUUCCAUUCGAAUGUGACCCCCCUCCAAUUGAGGGUCGGUUUUUUUGAAUGAAUGGAUAAUAAAAUGCCCAUUUUCAUUUUAAUGGCCUUCCUGGCAACUAAAAAAUUCAAAAAUCGCUUAGU